UUCACGUUUGUUCGGCGCGCAGCAUCGCAAGGCUCUGCUGCGGCCGCCAUGUUCCUCAUCAACUGGGUGUGGGACAUGCUCAACAGCUUGGGCCUCGCGCACAAGAACGCAAAGAUCCUCUUCCUCGGGUUGGACAAUGCUGGGAAGACGACGCUGCUGCACAUGCUCAAGGACGAGCGCCUCUCGCAGCACAACCCCACCCAGCACCCGACAUCGGAGGAGCUCUCGAUCGCCAAGAUCAAGUUCCGGACCUUUGACUUGGGAGGCCACGAGAUCGCUCGGCGCGUGUGGAAGGAUUACUUUCCGCAAGUGGAUGCGAUUGUCUUCCUCGUGGACGCACACGACCGCGAGCGCUUUUGCGAGUCGAAGAAGGAGCUCGACCAGCUGCUGAGCUGCGAGGAGCUCCACGACGUGCCAUUCCUCAUCCUCGGGAACAAGAUUGACCUCGGCCGCGCGGCGUCCGAGGACGAGCUGCGGGUGGAGCUCGGCCUGCACCACCUGACGACCGGCAAGGGCAAGGUUGCGCUGAACGGGAUUCGGCCGAUGGAGCUCUUCAUGUGCAGUGUGGUGAAGCGCGCGGGCUACGGCGAUGGCUUCAAAUGGCUGAGCAACUACAUCAACUGAGGGAGGGAACGAAACUAGCUGGGCAGGCUCCGACCCACAGCAGGGUGCCGAGAGGGCCCACCCGCGUCGCUUUGUGCCAAUGAGCGCGCUCCCCUCUUGGUUCAGCGGUGCGGUUUUUUGGGUGCGCCCGCCGCUCAACACCGUGCGCUGCGGCGGGGGGCGGCUUGGAUGCUCGCGUUUCUUAGUAGACGAAAGGCGAUGUAUUGACUGUGUUUCCGGCUCAUCCUCCAACCUCCUAGACGUUUCGAGGCGCAAGGGGAGGCCGCAGCGCGUCCAGCGAGAGCUGUGAAAACACACCGCCUCCGCUCAUAAACUCAGUCCUCGUCUGAAUGAAGCGUGAAGCCGCCGCGUAAGGGUAAUUUUGCUGUCAACCAUCAUCGAACAUCACACAUCGCAGACAGAAGAACGAGUACGACGUAGCAAGUACUGCAGACACAAGACGAAAGGUCUUGGGUGCUGCAAUGACUUGGGACGCCACUAUAUCACAGUUCACAGCACCUCUAUCCGGUCCAGCUGGAGGCAAGCCGCCUCGACACUGAGCGCUGCCACGAGCUCGUCCGUGCCAUUCCUCCCGACCUGCGCAAACGCCCACGCGGUGGAAGCCAACUCCUGCGGCUUGUACUCUCCCGCGGCGAGCCGCGGGCCCGCAGCGGCCGCGAUGCCAUCAAAGAGCGCGGUGGCGGGGCGGCCGGCCGCCGCGAAGGACCAAGCCAGGUUGGCAAGGCCCUGCGCGUCGAACUCGUCGAGCAAGGGCGUCGCCCGUGCGGCGAGGGCGUCGAACAGCGCGGGCGAGGCGUGAGACGCCCUCGAGAAGGCCCACGCGGUGAGCGCGAUCGAUCGGGGCCCAAACUGGUCCACGCGAAGCACGGCCGCCUGGGCGAUGGCGUCGAAGAGAAGCGGCGCAGAGUGAUU